AUGUGUGGAGUGUCAAAGAAUAUAGUUUCUCGCACGCGACCCUAUCGCUACGCAGCGCAGUUUCUAUUUCGCGAAGUCCGUCGAGAGUGUCCUGGACUUGGGCGGCCUAAUAAGAUUAAGAUUCUGCACGGUCACAAUCACUUUGUGUCGGAUGUGGUGAUCUCUUCUGACGGCCAGUUUGCUUUGUCGGCCUCGUGGGACAAGUCCCUCCGUCUCUGGGACCUGAACACGGGUCAGACAACGCGUCGCUUUGUUGGUCACACUGGCGACGUUCUCAGUGUGAGCUUUAGCCCCGACAACCGCCAGAUUGUGUCCGGAAGUCGUGACCGUACUAUCAAGUUGUGGAACACGCUUGGCGACUGCAAGUUCAACAUUACUGAGGACGGUCACACGGAGUGGGUGAGCUGCGUUCGCUUCAGUCCAAGCCCUCAGAACCCGGUCAUCGUGUCUGCUGGCUGGGACAAGGUUGUGAAGGUUUGGGAGCUGAACCGCUGCAAGCUGCUCACCAACCACUACGGCCACCAAGGCUACAUUAACACCGUCACUAUCUCGCCUGAUGGCUCACUGUGCGCCUCGGGCGGUAAAGACGGCGUUACGAUGCUUUGGGAGCUGUCGGAUGGCAAGCACCUCUACUCUUUGGAGGCUGGUGAUGUUGUGAAUGCGCUAGUAUUCUCGCCGAACCGCUACUGGCUCUGUGCUGCGACUUCGUCGUGCAUCAAGAUCUUCGACCUGGAGAGCAAGUCGAUUGUUGAUGAGCUCAAGCCUGAGUUCCCAGGCCUCGGCAAGAAUGCCCAGGAGCCUGAGUGUCUCUCGCUUGCUUGGUCUGCUGAUGGUCAGACUCUGUUCGCUGGCUACAGCGACGAUAUUGUUCGUGUGUACUCAGUGAUCUGA